CCACAUCGAGAGUCAUCCUUUCAGUAAGCGACAAUACGCUCGUGUGAAUAUAUCGACGAAAUAAUCCGGACUUCCUACUCACGUAAUGAGACGCAUAAUCAUCAUCGGCGUUUUGAUUAAUAUUUGUCUGGGAGAUGUAUCGCACAUUCUACCUGAGUACUCAACGACGACACCGUCACCAUCACCUCCGAGACCGUACAACUUCCAGUACAAGGCUGGACGAUAUGCUGGACAUAUCGACCGUGUUCAUCAAGAAGCCGGAGAUGGAACUGGAAUUAUUCACGGAGUCUAUUCGUACGUCGACCCAAAGUACAAAGUGCGAACGGUAGAAUACACGGCCGAUAAGAACGGAUUUCAUCCCGCUUUGAUCAAUUUCGAGGACACUUUCGCUCAACCUGUCGACUCGGAAGCCGUAAGGCUCGCCAAGGAAAGGCACUUUCGUCUUUACCACAGAAUUGCGGAAGCUAACGCUCACAACGUUCCAGCAAAUCUUCCCCGGGACUCAGCGAGCGUGGCGCAAGCGAAGGACAGACACAAUGAGCUUUACCACAGAAUCGCGGAACAACACGCGGCGAUCGCCGCACAGAGAGAAGCCGAACGACUGGCUUACGAGGCAACUUCCGUUGCUAAUGACGUGGAUGAUCAUCAUCGACAACGUUAGAACGCAAUUAUUUCCGCACGUGUUGGCAUGACGACCAUCAUAUCGCAUCACACGUGUGACUUUAAAACGACAUUUACUCGUCACGGUUUUCUUAUCAAGUGUUGUCAUUCGAGCGAUGCAAUAUCGCUUGUUCGGCUACAUAAAGGAUUUGUUCGCUAGUCCACAAUAACAUGGGAAUGCGAUAUAUGAGAUAAUAACACAGCUGUGUGCUUUGAUUUUAUAAUCAAGUCUGACGCGCAUCUGAUAACAAAAUAUUUAAUAACUUACUUAAGAUGUUUUCCACAUUUGCAAAGUAAAGUAAUAUUAGAAAGUAACAUUAUUAAGUUCACGCAGUAAUAAAACAAUCUCAACAAAAAUUAUAAUACAAAAAGACACAAAAUUAAUUCUCACAAAUCUUUAUCUCUUAAUCUGUAUUGAAAACUUCGAGCAAUAUGAUUUUUCUUAAAAUAAAUACUUGCAAACUUUUAUGUGACUUUUCCUAUCAAUAUUUGACAUAAAUAAAUAAGUAUUUGCGUAUGAUUAUUGUAUCGUUACACAAAAUUAGAAUUAUAAUGAAACUGAAGGACUUAACACAAUAACCCCGAAAAUAGCGUAAAUUUAUAACUAGUAAAGUCGUUAUUUAAUAUUAAUAUAUAUCAUGUAUUCUUCUAUCUCAUAUUAUAAAAUCUGUUGAACAUUCAACUGAAUGUUCAUCUGAUAUAAUUUUAACGCAUUGUGUCGCUUUUUUGGAACUUGUUUCUCAUGCGAUUUACGUAAUUAUGAAGAGAAUCGAGUUGUCGUUGAUUUCUUUAAUGCCGGAAAUGUCGUCGCGCAAAUCAUUUUCGAUGAAAGAUAAAUAACACAAUUGCGUUGCAAUAAUAUAAAAACGGCUAUGGCACUGUACACGAGUUGUUAGUAGGAGCAUACGUUUUGACGAAAAAUGAAGCUCUUCGGCAAACUGUUCUGUUUCUUUCUCAUGUGCAUCAUGGCAAUGAUGUGCUUAACCGUCGGAAGUCAUCCUUCCGCUGAAGGACAACAUAAAUUGAGACAAUCACCAUCACUAGGAUCACCACCACAAGGACCACCACGAGGACCACCACCACAAGGACCACCACCGUCAGGGCCACCACCGUCAGGGUCACCACCGUCAGGGUCACCACCAGACUCAUCAUCAUCAAACUCUACAUCAGGAUCCUAUUCAUAGGCAGAACUUUACAAAAUAGAAAGCAAGCAGCAGGUGAAACAAAUAUUUUGCAGUUUUCCGGACGGAUAUAAAAAUUGCAAACGUCAUAGAAGAGAUGUAAAAUUGUUAUCUUUUGUGACCAACGGACUUCACUAUUGUCUGCAUAAAACAUUGUUAUGUAUUAGCAUUCAAGACACUUUGAUAAGACACGAGCAAAUUAAUAUUGUAAUUAAAAAUUUUAUAUUUGUUAUUGUUCGCGGUAUUAUCUAAUUUUAACGAUGUUGCUUAAAAAUAUGUACAUUAUAUAUCAAAUCCAAUAAAAACGCAGCAUACAAAAUG